AUGGCGGAGGGUAUGGAGGCGGGCAUGGCGGUGGGCACGGCGGCGGGGAUGGCGGGGGGGCAGUGGCGGGCGGGCAUGGAGGGACGCAUGGCGAAGGGCAUGGUGGCGGGCAUGGCUUCUUGGGAGCCGGCGGGCAUGGCUUCUUUGGAGCCGGUGGGCAUGGCUUCUUGGGCAGGCAUGGAGGCGGGCAUGGCGGGGCAUGGAGGCGGGCAUGGCGGGGGGCACGGCGGUGGGCAUGGCGGGCAUGGCUUCUUGGGAACCGGUGGACAUGGCUUCUUGGGAGCCGGUGGACAUGGCUUCUUGGGAGCCGGCGGGCAUGGCUUCUUGGCCGGUGGCG